AUACACCCCCUCCCUUCCCCAAUUUUAACUCCCUUGGGGACCUUUCUGUGUUAGGGUUAGGGUUUCUCUAUCGUCUUCUUCUUCUCUCUCUCUAAAAAAAAAAAGUACCCACCCCCGGUCCCUUCCCUUUCUCUCUCUAAAAACCUAGACAUACAGGAUGAUGCAACCUGGAGUAGGUAUGGCUCCGCAAGGAAUGGGCCAGCAGGCCCAGCAAUAUCCUCAGCAACCACCCCAACAGCCUUACAUGAUGAUGCAACCGCCGCCGCCUCAGGCUGCCCAGGCGCCGCCCAUGUGGCCCCCACAGCCCCAGAUGGCACCGCCUCCGCCGCAGUCUUCUCAGCAAAUCCAGCAGGCUCAGCCCACGCAGACAUCUGGCUCCGAGGAGGUCCGGACGCUCUGGAUCGGCGACUUGCAGUACUGGAUGGAGGAGAACUAUCUCUGUAGUUGCUUCGCUCACACCGGCGAGGUUGUUUCUGCAAAGGUCAUCAGGAAUAAGCAAACUGGUCAAUCAGAUGGUUAUGGCUUUAUAGAAUUUGUUAGUCGUGCCGCUGCAGAAAGAGUACUUCAAACAUAUAAUGGUACUCCUAUGCCAAAUGGUGCUCAGAAUUUCAGAUUGAACUGGGCAUCUGCAGGAGAGAAGCGUUCUGAUGAUUCUCCUGAUUAUACAAUAUUUGUGGGAGAUUUAGCUUCUGAUGUUACAGAUUACAUGCUACAAGAAACUUUUAGGGCACGCUUUUCUUCAGUUAAGGGUGCGAAGGUUGUGAUUGACAGGCUUACUGGGCGUACAAAGGGUUAUGGGUUUGUUAGGUUUGGAGAUGAGACUGAACAACUUCGUGCCAUGACUGAGAUGAAUGGAGUCCUUUGUUCAACAAGACCUAUGAGAAUUGGGCCAGCUGCGAACAAGAAUGCUGUUGGUGGUCAGCAGCAAUAUUCAAAAGCUUCAUACCAGAACACACAAGGGGCUCAAAAUGAGAGCGAUCCAAAUAAUACAACUAUAUUUGUUGGAAAUUUGGAUUCUAAUGUGACGGAUGACCACUUGAGGCAAGUUUUCUCUCAAUAUGGUGAAUUAGUGCAUGUGAAGAUACCAGCUGGCAAGAGAUGUGGGUUUGUUCAGUUUGCUGACAGAAGCUGUGCGGAAGAAGCUUUACGGAUAUUAAAUGGAACCCAAUUGGGAGGCCAAAAUAUUCGACUUUCUUGGGGCCGCAGCCCUUCAAAUAAACAGCCACAAGCAGAUCCCAACCAGUGGAAUGCUGGUGGUUACUAUGGAUAUGCACCUGGACAUGAAAACUAUGGAUAUGCCCCGGUUUCCCAAGAUCCUAAUAUGUACUAUGGUGGAUAUCCUGGGUACGGAAAUUACCAGCAGCAGCCACAACAGCAGCAGCAAAUGGGAUAUAGUUGAGGUCUUUGGGAAGUGUUAGCUUUGUGAGAGCCUAUUGCUAUGGAAUAUAUAAUAAUUUGAAUGUACUUGAUAUAUUCCUAUGGUUUUGGGAUAUUCAUUGUAGGCUGUGGUUUUGUAUUUUUAAAAACAGAUUUGAGAGUUGACUGGUAUUUUAAUUUGCCUUAUUUUAUUUAUGCAUUACUUUUUGAAUA